GUUGAGUGUUGGAGCAGCCAGGCGGCCAGUGCGCAUCCCAGGACUCAACAUCAGUGUAGCUGGGGCUCAACUUUCAGCUGAUCUCUCAACUUCGGGACUCAUUGGGAAACUUUUACAAAAUGGGUUGCUUUGAGUGCUGCAUCAAAUGUUUAGGCGGGGUGCCGUAUGCCUCGCUGGUGGCUACCAUCCUGUGCUUCUCUGGUGUUGCCCUUUUCUGCGGAUGUGGCCAUGUGGCUCUCACUGGCACAGUGACCAUCCUGGAAACCCACUUCUCCAAGGUCACCAGUGAUCACGCCAUGCUGACUGAUGUAAUACAGCUGAUGCAGUAUGUCAUCUACGGCAUCGCUUCAUUUUUCUUCCUGUAUGGGAUCAUUCUGCUGGCUGAGGGCUUCUACACAACCAGUGCCGUCAAGGAACUGCACAGCGAGUUCAAGACCACCAUCUGUGGACGCUGCAUCAGUGGAAUGUUUGUGUUUCUCACAUACAUUCUGGGUGUGGCCUGGCUCGGUGUGUUUGGCUUCUCUGCUGUGCCAGUCUUCCUCUUCUACAACAUGUGGUCCACCUGUGCCACUAUGAGGUCUCCCAUGGCCAACCUCACCAACAUUGAAUCCAUCUGUGUGGAUGUUCGUCAGUAUGGAAUUAUCCCGUGGAAUGCCACCCCUGGCAAGGCCUGUGGCACUACGCUAUGUGACAUCUGCAACACCAGUGAGUUCUACCUGUCUUACCACCUGUACAUUGUAGCGUGCGCUGGUGCUGGAGCCACUGUGAUCGCUCUGCUGAUCUACAUGAUGGCUACCACUUAUAACUUUGCUGUUUUGAAGUUUAAGAGUCGAGAAGACUGCUGCACUAAGUUUUAAACUGUUUUAAGAGCACAGUGCAGCAUUUGAGGCUGCGCUGAGUAGAGACAGUUGCCACUGACAAGAAAUGAACUAAAAACCUGAGAAUAGAAAGAAAAAAAAUCAACAUCUCUCCAUUAGUAAUCACAUGAAGUGUAAAUAGCUGAUUGUAUGCUGCCUUUUAGCAUUUGGUAUCCAGGGAUUUUGCUUGUCUGAAGACACCUGAUGAAAGCUGUCUUCAGAAUGGGGUGGUGUUUAGUUGACUAGUUUGUUCUGCUUUCCUUGGCACUCACUCAUAAAAAUACAUCACCAUCAGAUUUAAUAGAAGACCACACCAGUGUUAUUUAUAUUCACAUUACGUAAAGCUGAUUUUGACCUGCACAAAGGCAUCAACUGCAUGAGUAUUUCAGAUUUUUAAAAAAAAACAACACAGACACAGUAUUUAGCAUGCAGUACUUCACCUUACAUAAUCAGACGAGCAUCAGUUGACUACAGUCAGAGCUGAAAUGCGAAUUUGUGCACAAACUCCUGAGGCACUUGUGAAGUAUACAUUUAAAUUUAAUUUAACAUAUUAUUUUAAUUAUGCAGGUUGGAACACGCACAAUUACAGCAUGAUCUUUACACAGAGUUGCAUUAAAAAUUCUGGAUAGGCAUGUACAAUCCAAGGCUCUGAAAUGAUAUCAUGUGGACAUCUGAUGACAAAUUAUGAAGGUGUUCUCAGGCUUUAUGUUGUUUUCAAUUGCCGGAUUAGCAGUUUUGGUGACAAUGAAUUCUUCUACAUUUGUGAAAGGACUAGCUACAGUAGCAAAGUAGCGGUUGCUAAGUGCCUUGUCCUUUUUAUAUUUCUUUGGUUUCUUUGCUUAGCCUUUACAUCUCGGUACCAACCCAUGAAACCAUCAAGUGUUACACAGGAAACAUUCAGUAUUCCUUCACUUUGUUACGAGUUAGAUUCUAAACUUAACUAAAAACCUUUCAUCAUCUGUAUUAUGCUGAUGAGUAUGAUUGCGACCAGUUGUGUCUUGUAGAUUUCAAAGUAACUGCACAGACCUAGCACAGCACACUUUGAAGGGUUAGGCCAGUACCAGGGGUAUACUUCUGCAUGAGGCCCUAAGCCUCGUUUUAAUUCCAUGUAUUUUAUAAAAACAAAUUCUCCUACUUUAGAAUAGAUUAAAUGUAUUUUUUUCUAUGAGCGCUGACGCUGGUAUAGCCUCAGCUAUGAAGUUGAUGUUUUGUUUCAUACAUUUUCCUUUAUCCUCUCUCAAAGUGCCAUUAAAGAGCCAUUUGUUUUUAUCUUAACACUGAGCCUGCAUGCUUACAUUUUUCGGAUUCUUUGAUCUGUUUAUAGUGACUUAUACUCCAUAUUUCAUAUAUUUAAUUUUCUCCUAAGUUUUGGAAGACUGUAGCUUUUACUUUCUAUAUAAAAUAAACAAUCUUUGUUUACAAAAGUAUCCCUACCCUGGUCUAUUUCUUAUAAAUCCUACAGGAGUGUUAAAGGAAAUACUGAGAUGCACACGGAGCAGGGUCAGAUUUUCUCUCAUGCUUUUCACUAACCUCCAGCAAUUUACAGCUGCACAAAGCUUGCAUUUACAAUUUCUUGCUU